AGGGGCCGGCUCCGGAGUGCGUGAAAUUCCUGGGCUCCUCCGACAGUCUCAGGCAGAGCGCUCCGCUCUACGCAUCUCUCCUCGCACGCAACUCGCGGAGAGAGGGGCUGAGGCGCGCCAAAGCUUUCCCUCGCUCCUCGCUGCCUGCAUCGCGCGUUCCCUCAGCCUGCUUCGCAGCCCGCGUUUUUGCGCCUCCGACAACGCCCUCCCGGUCCCGCCUCGCGCUUCCCCUCCCACCACACUCUCUUGCUGAGAGAGAGAGAGAGAGAGAGGCAAGAGACACCCCUGGAUUUCUUAGCGGCCCCCCAAAGAAGGAAACAAACAAAGAGUUGGUUAAACAACCCCACUCGCUUCUCAACUACCAAGGGCCUGAUUGCCAAGAAGUGAAGAAUUAGGGGCUGGAUCAUCUUCGGUACACAAUGAAGAUUGACUUUGGCUUUUCUGUCCAAGGCGUCCCAUGUUUGAUGAGUUCACUAUCUGCCAUGCUUUGCUGCCAUCCCCAUUGCUUCUAAGAAACCACAGUUUGGAGACAGGCCAUUGACUCUCCCUCCAUCCUUCACUGAAGACAGCUGGGGUCAGCAACGCAAGGCCACAGCAGGAAACCUCAACCUUUGAAAACAAAACCCACCCGCCUUCUGAAUCCCUCGCACCAUUUCCUCUCCUUCUAGGAUAAAGGCCUCUGGAUCCUAAGGGAUAGCUGAGAUCUUUCCUUGGCAAGGAGAACUUGCCUCUCCAGUCAAGUCUUUCCUCUCUUGUGGAGUUAAACGGCUGUAGUGCCUAUUACCAGAGCCAUCCUCUCUGGUGUGAGUGGCUUUAAUUUUGUUUUUCUCGUAAGGGAGAAGAAAAGAAAGCUUCUUUCAAAAAUGGGCUUUACCUUCCGCUCUGCCUCUUUCACCCUGAAGCUGAGCUUGGUGCUGGGCUCCUUGCUCAGCCUCUGUCUUGGACUAGAGUUCAUGGGGCUCCCCAGCCAGUGGGCCCGUUACCUCCGCUGGGAUGCAAGCACAAGGAGUGACCUCAGCUUCCAGCUGAAGACCAACGUCUCAGCUGGGCUGCUUCUCUACUUUGACGAUGGCGGUGUCUGUGACUUCCUCUGUUUGUCCCUGGUGGAUGGGCGCAUUCAGCUCCGGUUCAGCGUGGACUGUGCUGAGGCCACAGUUGUCACGGAUAAGCAGGUCAAUGACAGCAACCUGCACUUCUUGAUGGUUAGCCGCAACCACCUCCGGACUGUUCUUGUGCUGGACGGGGAAGCCAAACCUGGUGAAGUGCGCCCUCAGCGCCAGUACAUGAAUAUUGUCAGCGACCUCUUUGUGGGAGGUGUCCCGUCAGACAUCCGCCCUGCUGCCUUGACCCUCGACAGUGUCCUGAGUGAGCCACCGUUUAAAGGAUUUAUCUUGGACCUGAAAUACGGCAAUUCAGAACCCCAACUCUUGGGCCACCAGGGGGUCCGCCUGGACAUGGAAGGGCUAUGUACAGAGAACCCUUGUGAGAAUGGUGGAACUUGCUUUCUCCUGGAUGGCGAGCCACAGUGCGAUUGCUCAGCCACUGGAUACAUUGGGAAACUCUGUUCUGAAGAUGUCAAUCGUGUUCCAGGCCUUUCACACCUGAUGAUGGGUGAACAAGGUAGAAGUAAAGCAAGGGACGAGAAUGUAGCCACCUUCCGUGGUUCCGAAUACCUUUGCUAUGACCUCUCUCAGAACCCCAUUCAGAGCAGCAGCGAUGAGAUCACACUCUCCUUCAAGACGUGGCAGCGCAAUGGGCUUAUCCUACACACGGGCAAGUCGGCCGAUUACGUCAACUUGGCUCUGAAAGACGGCGCGGUCUCAUUGAUCAUUAACCUGGGGUCCGGAGCCUUUGAGGCCAUUGUGGAGCCAGUCAGUGGCAAAUUUAAUGACAACCAUUGGCACGACGUUAAAGUGACGCGCAACCUGCGGCAGCACUCAGGCAUUGGACACGCUAUGGUGACAAUCUCUGUGGAUGGAAUCCUCACCACCACGGGCUACACACAAGAGGACUAUACCAUGCUAGGCUCAGACGACUUCUUCUACGUAGGUGGGAGCCCCAGUACAGCUGAUUUGCCUGGUUCGCCUAUCAGCAAUAACUUCAUGGGCUGCCUCAAAGAGGUUGUUUAUAAGAAUAACGACAUCCGUCUGGAGCUGUCUCGCUUGGCGAGGAUUGGUGACACAAAAAUGAAAAUCUAUGGGGAGGUGAAGUUCAUGUGUGAGAACGUGGCCACACUGGACCCCAUCAAUUUUGAGACACCCGAGGCCUACAUUAGCCUGCCUAAGUGGAACACCAAGCGCAUGGGGUCCAUCUCCUUUGACUUCCGCACCACAGAGCCAAAUGGUCUUAUACUCUUUACCCACGGUAAGCCCCAGGAGAGGAAGGAUUCCAGGAGCCAGAAGAACACCAAAGUGGACUUCUUUGCAGUGGAACUCUUGGAUGGGAACCUCUACCUACUUCUCGACAUGGGCUCUGGAACAGUCAAAGUGAAGGCCACUCAGAGGAAAGCGAAUGAUGGAGAAUGGUAUCACGUUGAUAUUCAGAGAGAUGGCAGAUCAGGCACCAUAUCGGUGAACAGCAGACGGACACCCUUCACUGCUAGCGGGGAGAGUGAGAUCUUGGAUCUGGAAGGGGACAUGUAUCUGGGCGGACUGCCUGAAAACCGGGCAGGCCUCGUCCUCCCUACUGAGCUCUGGACAGCCAUGUUGAACUAUGGCUAUGUGGGCUGCAUCCGAGAUCUCUUCAUCGAUGGGCGGAGCAAGAACAUCCGGCAGCUGGCGGAACAGCAGAACGCUGCCGGGGUCAAAUCAUCCUGCAGUCGGCACAACACCAAGCAGUGCGACAGCUAUCCCUGUAAGAACAAUGCUGUUUGCAAAGAUGGCUGGAACCGCUUCAUCUGUGACUGCACUGGCACUGGCUACUGGGGGAGAACGUGUGAGCGGGAGGCAUCGAUUCUGAGUUAUGAUGGCAGCAUGUACAUGAAGAUCAUUAUGCCGAUGGUCAUGCACACAGAGGCAGAGGAUGUGUCCUUCCGCUUUAUGUCUCAGCGGGCUUACGGGCUCCUGAUGGCCACCACAUCCCGUGAUUCAGCCGAUACCUUGCGGCUAGAGCUGGAUGGAGGCCGUGUCAAACUCAUGGUCAAUCUAGACUGUAUCAGGAUAAACUGUAACGCCAGUAAAGGACCUGAGACGCUUUAUGCUGGGCAGAAACUCAAUGACAAUGAAUGGCACACAGUCCGUGUGGUACGUCGGGGAAAGAGUCUCAAGCUGACAGUGGAUGAUGAUGUUGCCGAAGGUACUAUGGUUGGUGACCACACCCGCUUGGAAUUCCACAAUAUUGAGACUGGGAUAAUGACAGAGAAGCGUUACAUCUCUGUCAUUCCCUCCAGCUUCAUUGGCCACCUCCAGAGCCUCAUGUUCAAUGGCCUUCUCUACAUUGACUUGUGCAAGAAUGGUGACAUUGAUUACUGUGAACUGAAAGCCCGCUUUGGGCUGCGCAACAUCAUUGCGGACCCUGUCACCUUCAAGACCAAGAGCAGCUACUUGAGUUUGGCAACUUUGCAGGCCUACACCUCCAUGCACCUCUUCUUCCAGUUCAAGACAACCUCUGCUGAUGGCUUCAUCCUUUUCAACAGUGGUGAUGGAAAUGAUUUCAUUGCAGUUGAGCUGGUCAAGGGGUAUAUACACUACGUGUUUGACCUUGGGAACGGACCUAAUGUCAUCAAAGGCAAUAGUGACCGGCCUUUGAAUGACAACCAGUGGCACAAUGUAGUCAUCUCCCGAGACAACAGCAACACCCACAGCCUAAAAGUGGACACCAGGGUUGUUACUCAGGUCAUCAAUGGUGCCAAAAACCUUGACCUUAAGGGUGAUCUUUACAUUGCUGGCCUGGUUCAAGGAAUGUACAGCAACCUCCCCAAGUUGGUAGCAUCUCGCGAUGGGUUUCAAGGCUGCCUGGCAUCGGUGGACUUGAACGGGCGCCUGCCAGAUCUUAUUAACGAUGCUCUUCACCGCAGCGGGCAGAUUGAGCGCGGAUGUGAAGUUGAGUUGACCAAAGCUGACCUGCAAGGACCAAGCACCACUUGCCAAGAAGACUCCUGUGCCAACCAAGGCAUCUGCAUCCAGCAAUGGGAAGGCUUCAUUUGUGACUGUUCCAUGACUUCCUACUCUGGGAACCAGUGCAAUGAUCGUGAGUGUCACUUGUUGGUAGACUUUGGCAGUAGUAGCCAGUGUGGUCGAUAUGCACUGUGGAACUGCUCCCCUGACACCAGCAUCAGUGAAACUGUCAUAGACAGUGUUGGAGUGAUGGGCAGUUUGGAUGCUCUGGUGGGAGUGCCUGUUUAG